AUGGAGCACUCGAGCUACUAUCCUGGCGGACACUCGACCUCGUACUACCAGCCAUUCCAAAUGCACACCUAUGGAUCGAAGUACUACAACCAAGAAUCAUAUGGAAAGUAUGACGACGACAAGGACUCGCACUACCAGCCAGACUACCAUAAUCAACAAUACAACCCAAUCUCCUCUUACUACCACGCCUAUGCUCCAAAGUACGGCGGCGAGCACACCUCGCACUACAUGCCGUCCUACACUCCAUACUACGGAUCGUACUACAAUGAGCAGCCAAAGCACGACGACUACCAUGCUCCGCAUCAUUUUGAUAUGCAUCAUUAA